AUGAAUAUUGGAGAAGUGGGAAGUACCACAUAUGACUCCCCGGCAGGCAUUUCCAACCAGUACGAACGCUUGGGAAGAGAACAUUUGCAUGCAAAUGAUCGUAAGUCGGGGCUGUACCUGGACCUUGACAACAAAACAGUAGAGGAAACAGAUCAGGUCAAACAUUCAGCACGGGACUCAGAAGAAAUGGACAGUGUCUACAAUACUAUAGACGAACAGGUGCCAACUGGUCACGGAGACGAUAACGUUAAUCAGACCAAACUUCCCUCAGAUUCUGGUGAUAUCAACACAGCCACUGCGAACUAUUUCAUCCUUGAAAAACACGAAGAAGAAAAGACUUCGGAAACAGCUGAGGUUCUAACAGAAGAUCCGAACCCGACAGAGGAUUAUUUCGUUCUCGAUAAGGAUGAGAACCAAGCGAAAUCAGAGCCCACCGACAAUCACCCCGACAGCGGAAUAACUGUGGUAAAUAGAUCGGAUAAUUAUUCUAUUUCAGAAGAGCAACAAAGCCCAGAGAAUCAAACAAGUGACAAUUAUUUCUUGCUCGAGGAAGAAAACAACGGAAACUUGAAGGAAGAUGCCCCGGACGAUGAUAAAUAUGAUGUAUUGAACAAAGAUACAAAUGAUGAAACGUCCGAAUACUAUUCCCAUGCUAAAACUGUCGAAAGUUCACAAGAGAGCACAUCCAGGGACGAAAAUCUACACGAGAACAACGAGAACUAUGACAAGAUGUUUCAACGACCAAACAGUAACGUGAUACACGAUUCUGAUAGUGACUACGACCACAUGAACAAUGAUGACCUUUUGACCUCACUUUAG